AUGACGGUUCCGCGGAUGGGAGGAUACGAGAGGCGGGACCAAAGUCUUCCCCGCUUCUCGGCGCUGGCGAGUCCGGGACUAGGGCUGGAGAGAUCGCCGGGGAGCAUCGUCACCACUCCUGCACGGAGCCUCGCCUGGCCAAAUACUGCACAGUGCACACGUCGGGAUUGCAAAACAUUCCUGAGAAAUAUACCUGCUAUUUAUGGCAUGUGGCUGGUAACUUUACUCCUGCUGUAUUCUUUUCAAGAAGUGCACAGCGAGGAUGUGGUCUCGACGCGGCUGUACUUUGUGAAUGCUUCCCUGCAGAGAGUGACCUUCUCCAGCUCAGUGGGGGUGUCCCUGCCCUGUCCUGCGGGUGGCGCCCCCCAUGCCGUCCUCCGCUGGUACCUUGCCACGGGCGACGACAUCUACGACGUGCCACACAUCCGCCACGUUCACGCCAAUGGCACGCUGCAGCUCUACCCCUUCUCCCCCUCUGCCUUCAACAGCUUCAUUCACGAUAACGACUACUUCUGCACUGCCGAGAACCAGGCCGGCAAGAUCCGCAGCCCUAGCAUCCAUGUCAAAGCAGUGUUCAGGGAACCCUACACGGUUCGCGUGGCGGACCAAAGGUCCAUGCGGGGCAACGUGGCCGUCUUCAAGUGCCUCAUCCCCUCUGCUGUGCAGGAGUACGUCAGUGUGGUGUCCUGGGAGAAGGACACUGUCUCCAUCGUCCCAGGUAAUAGGUUUUUCCUGACAUCGUAUGGGGCCCUCUACAUAUCUGAUGUUCAGAAAGAGGAUGCCCUCUCUACCUACCGCUGCAUCACUAAGCACAAAUACAGUGGAGAAACCAGGCAGAGCAAUGGAGCUCGUCUCUCUGUGCUAGACCCCACUGAAUCCACGCCUUCUGUGAUGGACAGUUUCCAGUCAGGGGAGGUGCAGGUGGGCCGCAGCAUAGAGCUGCCCUGCAUCGCCUCCGGUUACCCCAACCCCACCAUUCGCUGGCUCAAAGAUGGGAGGCCGUUGCCCGCUGACUCCCGCUGGACACGGCGACUGACCGGUCUUACAAUCAGUGACCUUCACCUGGAAGACUCGGGAAACUAUAUCUGUGAAGUCACCAAUAGCUUUGGCUCCAAAGAGGUCACGGGACACCUGAACGUCAUCGAGCCUCUGAGAGUUACACUAUCUCCCAAGAACCUAAAAACAGGUAUCAGCAGCACAGUGAUCCUGUCAUGUGCUGUGCAGGGCUCACCCCACUUCACAGUCUCCUGGUUCCGCAACACAGAACCCAUUGUGCCUGACCAGCACUUCUCCAUCCAGGGGUCCCACAACGAGACCCUCUUCAUCACAGCUGCCCAGAAAAGACACUCAGGGGCAUAUCAGUGCUUCGCCACCCGCAAGGGUCAGACAGCCCAGGACUUCUCCAUCAUACUUCUGGAGGACGGCACCCCACGCAUUGUCUCUUCCUUCAGUGAGCGCGUGGUAGCCCCUGGUGAGCCCUUCUCCCUCAUGUGCGCAGCCAAAGGCGCCCCUCCGCCCACCGUCACCUGGACGCUGGACGAUGAGCCGGUAGCGCGGGACUCGGCGCACCGGGCCAGCCAGUACACGCUCUCCGACGGUUCCACGGUCUCGCAUGUCAACGUCACCAACCCGCAGAUCCGCGACGGGGGCGUGUACCGCUGCGCCGCACGCAACUCGGCCGGUAGCGCCGAGUACCAAGCGCGCAUAAACGUAAGAGGUCCUCCCAGUAUCCGGGCCAUGCGGAACAUCACAGCCGUUGCUGGUCGCAACACCUUCAUUAACUGCCGUGUGAUUGGCUACCCCUAUUACUCAAUAAAGUGGUACAAAGAUGGGAUGCUGUUGCCAGACAAUCAUCGUCAGGUGGUGUAUGAGAACGGCACUCUGAAACUGAGCGAUGUGCAGAAGGGCAUGGAUGAGGGGGCCUAUCUGUGCAGUGUGCUAAUCCAACCCCAGCUCUCUAUCAGCCAGACUGUCCAUGUCACCGUGAAAGUUCCACCUCUCAUUCAGCCCUUUGACUUUCCUCCCACCUCCAUCGGUAAGCUGAUGUACAUUGCAUGUGUGGUGUCAUCGGGAGACAUGCCGAUCCGGAUAACCUGGCGGAAGGAUGGGCAGGAGAUAGUGUCAGGAACGUCAGGAGUUGCUAUAGAGACCAAGGAGUUCAUGAGCUCCCUUCAGAUCUCCAAAGUCUCGCUCAAACACAACGGGAACUACACCUGCAUUGCCAGCAAUGAUGCAGCCACUGUCAGUUCAGAGAGACAACUCAUAGUAACAGUUCCCCCUCGUUUUCGAGUUCAGCCCAAUAACCAGGAUGGGAUCUAUGGAAAGUCAGAGGUUCUGAACUGCUCUGUGGAAGGGUAUCCUCCUCCCAAAGUCGUAUGGAAGCAUGCCAAAGGUAUAGGAAACCCUCAACAGUACCACCAAGUUCCACUGACGGGUCGCAUCCAGAUCUUGUCCAAUGGUUCACUGCUGAUCCGUCACGUCCUAGAGGAAGACAGAGGAUACUACUUGUGUCAGGCCAGCAAUGGAGUGGGCUCUGAUAUCAGCAAGAGCAUGAUGCUUACUGUUAAAAUUCCAGCCAUGAUCACAUCCCAUCCAAACACCACAAUGGCCAUAAAGGGGCAGAACAAGGAGUUAAAUUGCACGGCCCGGGGUGAGUACCCCAUCAUCAUCCGCUGGGAGAGGGGUGACACUGUUAUCGACCCCGACCGCAACCCUCGAUAUUCCAUCACCACCAGCCCCAACGAGAAAAGUGAUGAAGUUAUCUCCACACUGAAGCUGAAGCCAGCCGAGCGCGGGGACUCCGUCUUUUUCUCCUGCCAUGCCAUCAACUCAUACGGCGAGGGCCGAGGGCUCAUCCAGUUGACAGUGCAAGAGCCCCCUGAUCCCCCAGAGUUGGAGGUGCGAGAGGUCAAAGAUCGCAGUAUGAACCUGAGGUGGACGCAACGAUUUGAUGGCAACAGUAUCAUCACGAGCUAUGACAUAGAGUACAAGAACAAAUCCGACCCAUGGGAGCUGAAACAUGCCACACGGAAGAUCUCUCCCACAAACAACCAGGCCAACAUUGUGGAGCUCCAUCCAGCUUCUGUGUACAGCAUCCGCAUGUACUCUUACAACAAGAUCGGACGCAGUCAAGCCAGCAAAGAGCUGACAAUAAGCACAGAGGAAGCACCUCCUGAUGGGCCACCUAUGGAAGUGAUUCUUCAGCCAAUGACCUCUCAGAGUAUCCGUGUGACUUGGAAGGCACCUAAGAAGGAGCUCCAGAACGGAGUGAUCCGGGGCUAUCAGAUCGGUUAUAGGGAGAAUGGGCCAGGCAGUAAUGGUCAGUACAGUAUAGUGGAGAUGAAAGCCACAGGUGACAGCGAAGUGUACACGCUGGAUAACUUGAAGAAGUUUGCUCAGUACGGCGUGGUGGUCCAGGCAUUCAACAGAGCCGGAACCGGACCUUCCAGUUCUGAGAUCAAUGCCACCACACUUGAAGAUGUUCCCAGUCAGCCUCCCCAGAAUGUGCGUGCCAUUACUGUGACAUCGGACGAGGCGGUUAUCACAUGGUCCGAGCCCCCGCGGAUGACCCUGAAUGGGGUUCUUAAGGGCUACCGUGUGGUGUUCUGGUCCCUCUACCCCGAUGGAGAAUGGGGAGAGAUGCAGAACAUCACCACCACUCGUGAGCAGGUGGAGCUGAAAGGUUUGGAGAAGUUUACAAACUACAGCGUUCAGGUGCUGGCCUACACACAGGCAGGGGACGGCGUCCGCAGCAAUGUUCUCUACAUACAAACCCGAGAAGACCACCCUGGUCCUCCAGCAGGCAUCAAAGCCGUGCCAUCUUCUACCAGCAGCGUGGUGGUCUCCUGGCUUCCCCCUGUCAAGCCCAAUGGUAUCAUCCGCAAAUACACAAUCUACUGCUCCAGCCCUGGAUCGGGCCAACCGGCACCCAGUGAAUAUGAAGCCAACCCUGAGCUGUUGAUAUAUCGAAUCACCCACCUGAACCGGGGUCAGCAGUACCUGAUCUGGGCGGCCGCCGUCACUACUGCUGGUCGAGGCAACAUCAGCGAGAAGGUCACCGUUGAGCCUGCUGGCAAAGCUCCUGCUAAAAUUCUGUCUUUCGGUGGAACGGUGACCACCCCAUGGAUGAAGGAAGUGCGGCUGCCAUGCAGCUCGGUGGGCGAGCCGACACCCACCAUUAAAUGGACCAAAGACAGUGAGGACACCGCCAUCCCGGUCACUCAAGACGGUCAACGUAACAUCCUUUCAAACGGAACCCUGGUGCUGCGCUCCGUUAAAGCCGAGGAUUCAGGGUACUACACCUGCACAGCCACCAACACGCUGGGAUUUGACACAAUCAUCGUAAACUUGCUGGUGCAAGUCCCUCCGGAUCAACCCCGUUUGACCGUGUCCACCACCUCAACUUCCUCUAUCACUCUGGCCUGGAUCCCUGGAGACAAUGGUGGAAGCUCCAUCAGAGGUUUUGUGUUGCAGUAUUCAGUGGAUAACACUGAGGAGUGGAAAGAUGUCUUCAUCAGCUCCAGCGAGCGUUCCUUCAAGUUGGACAACCUGCGCUGUGGCACAUGGUACAAAGUCAAACUGGCAGCCAAAAACAGUGUGGGUGCUGGCCGCAUCAGCGAGAUCAUUGAGGCUAAGACCCACGGCAGAGAGCCUCAGUUCAAUAAGGACCAGCCACUCUUUACUCACAUCAACUCCACCCACGCCCGACUUAACCUGCAGGGCUGGACGAGCGGCGGCUGCCCAAUCACGGCUGUCCUUCUUGAGUUCCGUCCCAAAGGCACCUGGGCCUGGCAGAGCGUGCGCACCAAUGCUUCAGCUGACAUUUUCCUUGCCGAGCUACGUGAGGCCACCUGGUACGAGCUCAAGAUGAAGGCAUGCAACAGUGCAGGCUGCGGCAACCAGAGCUCCCAGUUCGCCACGCUUGAUUAUGAUGGCAGCACUAUUCCUCCCAUUAAGUCAGCGCGAGGGGAAGGGGACGAUGUUAAAAAGCUCUUCUCCAUUGGCUGUCCUGUCAUCCUGGUCACAAUGGGCAUGGCUCUGCUCUUCAUUAUCCGAAAGAAACGCAAAGAAAAGAGACUCAAGAGACUCAGAGAUGCUAAGAGUUUGGCUGAGAUGCUUAUCAGCAGUAAGAACAAUCGAAGUUUUGACACUCCAGUGAAAGGCCCACCUCAGGGACCCCGACUGCACAUAGAUAUCCCCCGUGUACAACUACUCAUCGAGGACAAGGAGGGAAUCAAACAGAUAGGUGAAGACAAGGCCACCAUCCCUGUCACGGACACUGAGUUCAGCCAAUCAGUAAAUCCUCAGAGCUUCUGUACAGGCGUGUCUGUGCAUCACCCCGCCCUCAUCCAGAACACAGGCCCUUUGAUUGACAUGUCCGACAUCAGACCAGGAACCAAUCCAGUAUCGAGGAAAAGCGUCAAAUCAGUACACAGCACAAGGAACCGCUACUCCAGCCAGUGGACAUUGACUAAAUGCCAGGCGUCUACACCUGCUCGCACACUCACCUCAGACUGGCGGACAGUGGGCUCCCAGCAUGGCAUCACGGUCACAGAGAGUGACAGCUACAGUGCCAGCUUGUCCCAGGACACAGAUAAAGGACGUAACAGCAUGGUGUCCACUGAGAGUGCAUCCUCCACAUAUGAGGAGUUGGCCCGAGCAUACGAACAUGCAAAGCUGGAGGAACAUCUACAGCACGCCAAGUUUGAGAUCACAGAGUGCUUCAUCUCAGACAGCUCUUCUGAUCAGAUGACCACUGGAACUAAUGAUAACGCGGACAGCAUGACGUCUAUGAGCACGCCGUCUGAACCGGGCAUCUGCCGCUUCACCGCCUCCCCACCCAAACCACAGGACUACGACCGCGGCAAGAACGUGGCAGUGCCCAUACCUCACCGUGCCAACAAGAGUGAGUACUGUAACCUUCCCCUUUACAUGAAGACGGACCCUUUCUUCCGGAAGAAGGUGGAGGUCCAUGACCCCUGCCCUGUUGUCCCGCCCCGUGAGGCAUCCAUCCGGAGCCUCGCUGCACGGGCCUACCACACUCAGGGCCGCCACAUGACAUUAGACCCCUCCAAGCAGCAGGCCCUGACGCUGGGCCACGGUGGCCUGAGCAGCCUGACCAGCUCAGGAGCCUCUGGUACAUCAGGACCAGCCUCAAGCGGGGCUGCUGGGAGCUCCAGCAUCAGCUCAGGAACGGCCACCCUGCCCCAGAGGACUCUCACCAUGCCCAGCACCUCCUCAGCUCUGAGCGGGGCAGCCGCUGUUGGAGCAGCCGCCAGCGGGAACUCCUUAGGGGGCAGCGGCCUGACACCCGGGAGCUCAAAGGUCGGGGGAUCCAGAGACUCUCUGCUAGAGAGCAGCUCGUCUGGCCUGGGCAGACUGCAAAAGCAGAAUGCUGGGGCGUACUCCAAAUCCUACACACUGGUGUAGCUCCCACACACACAUAGAACGUUAACAUACACACCUGGAGUCUGUCCGUCGCAGGGCAGGGGCGGAACUGAGCAAUGGCGGGACUUGAACAGCACAGGGGUCUUUCUCUUUGUCACCUUUCUCUCAAUCUCUUUUUGCUUUUCUUCUUUUCUUCUUCACUUUCUACAUUUAAAUUUAUGCAUUUGGCAGACGCUUCAAUCCACAGCGAUUUACAGUGCAUUCAACGUCUACAUUUUAUCUGUUUGUGUGUUCCCUGGGAAUUAAACCCAUGAUCGAGGCGUUGCUAGCGUCACACUCUACCAGUUGAGCUACAGGAAUCCUGUUUUAUCGCUGUUGUUCUAUCUCAAGCCUUCUUCCUGGAUUAAAUAUGCCAAAACCCAGGACCUUUUUCCUCUAUUUUGCCUUCUUAUUUUGUCUUUUUUUAUCAUUACUUUGCUUCUCUCUUCUUUUCUUCCUCUCUCUCUCUCCUCUCUGUCUUCACUCUCUCUGUCACCUGGACCUUAUGCACGAAAUGCUUUCCAUGUGCAUUUGUUCAUUUGAUUUCUUGAAUUCCGAAAAAAGGACAGAAAAGUGGUUUUAAGAGAUAUAUGGUUUCACAUUAGCCUGUCUAGAUGUUUUUCAGGCUGUCGAAAGUGUCUCUUUUAAUGUCUCUUGCAUAACUUCGUACUGUAACGCAUUGCCUCGGAAAGCUUAUGCAUUAACAAAUCCACCACGGUGUCCACCUUUCGCCCCGUCCUGUUCCACAUCAGAAAAACAGCUCGAAGACGACUGUCUUAACCGCCUGAAUCUAGUCUUUGGGAUUUUUUUCAUGCAAUUGAUGACACAGUAUAAAGUGUUAAUGACUAUUUUGUAAACAAACAAGAAAAAGUGACAAAAAAAAGAAGUCUGGAGCCAUUUUCACAGAGGAUGUAUGGUUACUGUACUUUUAGGUUUGUUCGUUUGGUUUUCUAUUUUAAAUAUUUAGAAUUGAAGCACUAAUGAGGGUCAGGUGGAUCCACUAAGCUUUCUCAAGCUUGUUUGUAUGUGUGGUGUGUGUAUGUGUGUGUGCAUGUAUAUGUGUAAAUAUAUAUGUAUACAUGUGGCCAGCACACACCUUUAAGGGUCAUCUCAAUCAGGCCUGCACAAUUGGGCUCUCGGCAUCGUGUAUCACCAUGGAGCCGGAGGAGUGUCGCCAACUCUCUAGAGUCCAGAUGAAAAGGUAGGGGGUGGGAUGGAGAGAGUAUGUAAAGGGUAGACAAAUCAACCUUUUCUCUUCACAAUUCCCUGUAAUAUGAAAGAAAGGCUCUUGUUUUUGCUGUUUGUUCAUUUGUUUGUGUUUGAUGCCAUUUACUUAUCACCCCUCCUCCCACAACCCAGACUUCCCCAAAACAUUACCGCUUCCUCUGUCUCACUGUGAACGCCUAACAGCCUCUCCUGAAUAGACAGAGUGCUGGAAGAAAGGCGGGAAGAGGACGAGAGGUAGGGAGUAAGUAUAGGCAGAUAGAGAUGAGGGCCCAUGAACCGAAAAGGAGAAAUAUCUGCCGUUGCUUAAUAGAUUUCCUGUGUUUGAUAAAUCGUUUCUUGUUAUUCUUUGCUUUCCUUCCCCAAACGAAGACUCUAGUGGCCGUUCCUAUUCGAAGGUCUUAGAGACUUUAGCUUUAGGUAGCGCAGGGGUGGAUAAAGGAUGGAAUGAGUGAAAUGUGGGAGGGAAAAAUGAGAGAAUGAAGAAAAGACUUAUAAUUCAACCCCUGAACAAAAUCAAACAGCAUCUCCCCCUCCUUCAUUCACUCAACUUCCAAAGCAAAGCCCCGUCACAGAGAAACUUCCAAAAAUCAACAAACUCUCCCAAUGAUUUCAAUGGAAAAAUACGUAUUACAUCAGGGCUCCUGCAAUACAAAAGAAAAAAAAAAGAAGAAAAUAUAUUGCAAUGUUUGUUGUCAAAAUAUAUACAUAUAUAUUUCUAUCUAAAUAUAUAGUAAAUAUAUACAUGGUGAAAGCAGAGAUUUAAUGCCAUAUCUAAUUGAGAAAGAACAUUUUUAUUUAAAAAAAGAUUUGAAGACAAUCGCUCAGUGGGAAGUGCAGCAGUAAGCCAGAGGAGGUGUUGAUCAUGAAACAAUGAGAUAAACGGGUAACAAAACCAAGAGAGAUUGAAAAAGUACAGCAGAGGUUGUGCUUUGACAAGGUGGGAGUUAGAUUGGGCAGCAGUCAUCUUGAAAAGAACUAUGAAAUUCAAUGGCCCUGUCCGAAAUGCGGUUGUCCUCCGAGUCUACACUUCGCUGAUAUUAUGUCCCAUAGACUGUCAUAUAGUAUUAUGCUGUAGAGUUUGAAUCAUGAAGUCUUGGCGAAGGGGUUCAUCAAGGGCACAUUGCAGGUGUUUUUGCAUUUAGCAGAUGCUUUUUCAUUGUUUUUGAGUAGUUAACAAGUAAACGUGGUAGAUGACCAUCUUUGACUGUUGCAACGUGCCUCAAAUUUUUUUCAGUGGCACGUUUUUGGACGCAGUGUCAAGUUAAAAAAGGACUUAAACUGUUAAAAACAAGUCUCGAGACACCAGCGAUCUGUUCUAUUCGAUGUGCUGCUGAUGUGUUGUCAUUUUUAGCGCAAGGACUUGUUUGCUCUGAACAGCCCGUUACAGUGCAUUUGUGCUAGGGCUGUCGUUUUAACACGUUAAUUUAGUGUGAUUAAUUGUUUGAAAACUAACGUUAUAUAAAUUAAUGCAAUUAAUUCCCCACUGACUAUGCAUACAUUUUGUAACAAGAAAUGUUCCUACUAAUGGUGCAACACAAGAUUGAAGUAGCAAUCAGCAGGGGGCAGUCAGCACAAUUCCAGCCAUACAGGCAACGUGCAGUUGUACAGGCAAAAAAGGCACUUAUCGGAAGCAAGCAGCACAAAAUAAAGGAGAGUAAAGAAGCCUUACAUCAGGACACAUUCUUGUGUACAAAUGCAGUGGGAGCACAAAAGAAUGCAGGGGUAUCGAGAUGCUUUUUUCAAAGUUUCACGCUACAUUUAACUUGGCACAACUACUUAAAAAUGCAAUGUUUUUAGCAUGUGAUGGUGGAAAUCAAUAAAACAUAAUGCAAAAACCAAGAGAGAUUGAAGAGUGAUGGGCUAUGCCUAGUGCAAGUCUGCAAGACAUCAAGUACACCAAGUGCAUCAUUUGGGACAAGGCCAUUGGUGUAGUCACCCCUAGCUAACUUCCCAUUACCGUUAUAACAAGCCAGUGUAACAUGCCUGUAUAACAUUAUCCGUUGAGUUCCAACAGUAUGAAGGACAGUUGCGAGAUAUUUAUGGACGUUUCCAAACACACUCUCUACAGUUGCUUGGAAACAAUGGAAAUUUGCCACUGCGAAUCCAGCUUGUAGAUGUCUGAAUCCAUUUACAGUAUGCACCAUCUCUACUGCCAAAUGAGUAGUUUAAAAUACCCUUAGUGCUUUGAGAGCUUUUCUUCAGGCCCUUAAAUGGAUAGUUCACCAGAAAAUGAAAAUGCUUUCAUUUACUCACCCUUAUGUUGAUCCAAUCCUGUAUGGAAUGCAAAAGGAGAUGUCUGGCGGUAUUGUCUCAUUCAUCAUUCACAUUUAUUGCAUCUAUUUUCCAUACAUUGAAAAUUAAUAGUUCUUUUUUUUUUCAUGGAAGGAAAGUCAUAUUGGUUUGGUAAAAUAUAAUGGUGAGUAAGUAAUGACCACAUUUUAAUUUUGGCAUGAACUAUUCCUUUAAAUUGAGAUCUCUUCUGUAACUUUGAGCAUCCAAGCUCCAAGCUCUUUCAGCACUUCUGAUAAGUCAGAUUUUAUAUAUCAGGGGAAAGUUCAGAUUAAUUUAUGUACCAGGUAUUUAUUGGUUUCAUAUAACACCCAACCUUUACAAACUUCAGUACAGGAUAUAGCACACAUUUAUAGUUAUUCAGCAGGAUUCAGUUAUAUGCAGCCGCCUGAACAUAUCCCAUGUUAGCAUGAUUGGAAUCAACAGAUACCUCAAAGGUACAGAAAAGGGCCAUGUUGUGUUGGGUUUAAAAUUGAGCUGAUUGAACGACUAUAUAUCUUGAAUGUGUUUGUGGCAUAUGACGAAAACCUGUUUGACUUAUUAGGAGAUGUUUUAUUGGUGGCUUUAUUAAUUAGGAUUGCAUUACAGUGCAUCUAAAGUUUGUGUAAGAUAAAUUCUUUUGAAAACCCAGAACUAAGCCAGCUGAAACAGAGUUGUGAGCAUGUGGAAUGUGGACUUUCUAGAGUGUUUUAAAAACAGUGAAAGAAGUGUGUUCCUCUUAUUGCUGCUCAAAUGCCCACUGACUGGGUUAUUGUGUCUGAUGGCAGACUUGCCCAGUGCAUUUUGCCAUAAACAGUUUUCAUUAGAUUUAGAACAAUAUCUAUAUCAGUAUUCAAUAUCCAUGCCUUUUCAGGUGAAUCAUCUAGUGAAAUAUUCCCUAAACCACCACAGAAAGCCCCACAUGGCUCAUGUUUUUCAUAUUUAAAGGUCAGUUGCUGACUUAAAGGAAAUUAAAUUUUUUUGUUGCAUUAUUUAUAAACAAUAGAUGUAUCCAACUUAGAUUUCGUUUUGUUACAUGAUGUUUUAUGUAAAAUAAAAAAAUGCAGUUUUGUUGCGCAACGGGGCAGGCCUGUUUAGCCAGUUGAAUCAGGGACCCCCAAGCUCCAAUUAAUCACAGGAGAAGCUGUGUGGAUAUUGGGCAGAGUCAGGAAUAAAACUCCACCCUCACAUUUCCCCACCUUAAUGAACUAACUAGCCCCUUUUUCUUAACAAAUAUAAAUGUCCUGCUAUACCCAAUACAUCCCUGUCAGCAUAAUUUCUAAUCUGCAAAUAAAUACUCUUGUAUAUACGAAAAUGUUUUGUAUAAAUAAUUACUAUUUUCGACAUCUCCGUUAGCAACCAGGGCACAGUUAUGUCUGGUUAAAGGUAUAACUUUAAAUGUGAGGGGAUUAAAAAGCCAAAAAAAUAUUAAAAUCUAACAAAAAAUACUUUUUGAAUGGGGCAUAGAGACCCAGACUGAAAAGAUGUCUGGCAUUUGUUUUAUUUUCUCCUUUUUUAUAUAAUUUGUCUUAUGUUUUUACUCAUUUAUGUUGUUGGCUGUUUUGUUUGUUUUUACUUUGCUUUUGUUUCUACCUUUUGGUUAACUUGAAGAAAAAUGGCAUUGCAUGCUCUGAAUAUUUUGCUGGUUAUUAAAAGAAUAAGGAAAAGGAGACAAAUAUCUUAAAGGGGGGAAAAAAGUUUAAAAUAUGUGGAGGGGGAUUCUUAAACUUUUAUGGAAAAAGUUGCUUCAAUUUGCAAUUGCUUGUGUUUAAAUAUACAGUUUUUUUUUCUAUGAAAACAAAACAAAAACUGAAAAAGAGUACUCCAACACC